AUGGGGAGGAAUCCAGGAAGAUUUAUGAGAGUGGCAGAAGCGUUUAACGAAGGAGUUAAAGCAGCAAGAAUAUGUGCUGAGAGUAGUGGAAGUGAGCAUUCAGCAGUAGGAGAGACUUCACCCAAUGAUCUUUCUGACUUGGUUGAUUCGUUUCUUGAGAGAGGACAUCAUGAUAAUGUUCAAGUUGAUUCUCAAGAACAUGAAAAGGUAGUUAAAGUUAAGAAAAGGAAAGGAUCUAAUGACGAGGAUUUGGAUGGUUUUGUAAAUGAUUCUGAAAGUAAAGAUAUGUUAAAAAGCUUGUUAUCAGGAUUUGGAGAUGAUUCUCAAGUUAUAAAAAGAAUUCGUGUGGAGACUGAAUUCGCAUUCAAAGAUAUUGGAAUGAAUUCUUCUGCUGAAGAUGGAUUUAAAAGACAAUUAAUGACUCGAUUACGCCAAAGAGGUCUUGAUGCAGGUCUCUGCAAAUCAAGAUGGGAAAAGACUGGUCGAUUUCCAGCUGGAACGUUCGAGUAUAUAGACGUAAUCAUCUCAGGAAACCGUUACAUUGUGGAGGUAUUUCUUGGUGGAGAAUUCACCAUUGCUAGACCAACAGAUCGCUACAUUUCUUUACUCGAAGUGUUUCCUCAAGUUUUUGUGGGUAAACCGGAUAAACUAAAACAAGUAGUAAGAAUAAUGUGCGGGGCUAGUAAACAAUCGUUAAAGAAAAAUGAUAUGCAUAUUCCUCCGUGGAGAAGCAAUGGAUACAUGCAAGCGAAAUGGCUUAGUUUGUACAAGAGAACGACCAAUUCCGUUGAGGAUAUGGUUGUGUCAGGUUCAGGUACUGGCAAGCGGUCGGUUGGAUUUGAGACAACUCCAAUGACACCUGUGAAGUUUUAUUAUUGUAGAGAUGAGUUAGAGCGGAGAAGGGAUGUGGGAAUGGGUAAAGAAGUAGGCAAAUUAGGUCAAUUAUUUGUAUAA